AUGCAGUUGAAUAGUGCAGGCACACAGCAGUGGACCUUCCAGACUGGCACCGAAGGCACCGACUACAUCAAGGGACUUGCAAUCGGAACUUUCAACAUCAUUCUGGGUGGAACCACCACAAGUGCCUGGCAUGGAAGCUGCAACAGAGGAGGGGAAGACCUUUUCAUCAUGGAACUGGACAGUGACGGUUCAUCUGUGCAAAAAAUCUUUCAGAACGGCAGCAGUUCGGCGGAUACGUUGGAAGGCCUUGUGUUGGACGCUGACGAGGCCGUCAUUUUGGCCGGCUACUCCUACGGAGACCUGGGUGGCAGCAAUGCAGGAGACGCGGAUGCCUUUGUCAUGAAGGUUCAGCAACUGAGCUGGACCUUUCAGACUGGGACCAGUGGUGCUGAUGGUGUCAAUGCUCUUCAAAUCGAUUCUUCUGGCAACAUCUUCCUCACAGGUGAAACUAAUGGUGCGCUGGAUGGCUCUGUUAGCUCUGGUGACUCCGACCUUUUUGUCAUGAAGUUGGACAGCACGGGGUCGCGUCAGUGGACUUAUCAGACAGGAAGCACUGCUCAGGACACUGCUGAGGCAAUUCAUCUUGUAGCCAGCGGCAGCAUCUUUGUAGCUGGAUGGACAGCAGGGGACCUCAGUGGAACUUCCGCUGGAAAUUUUGACAUCCUUGUCAUGAAGCUGGAUGACACGGGCUCUCAGCAGUGGACCUACCAGACUGGCACCGCAUCAGCAGACUAUGCCUUUGCUGUGGAGACCGAUGCUUCUGGAAACAUUUUGCUGGCAGGCUCUACCGAUGGAUCCAUGCAAGGGUCGAAUGCUGGUGAUUCUGACAUUUUUGUGAUGCAGCUGGACAGUGCGGGGUCACAUCAAUGGACUGUUCAAAUUGGCAGCAACCUGAAGGAUGUCGCCACGGCACUCCGCAUUGAUGCUUCUGGGGACCUGGUUUUAGCAGGCUACACCACCGGUGACCUUGGGAAUACAAAUGCUGGAUCCAAGGACAUCUUUGCAAUGAAACUCAGCAGCGCAGGGUCGCAGCUGUGGACCUUUCAAAGGGGCAGCAGCGCAGACGACAGUGCAACAGCCUUGGAAAUCGAUUCCUAUGGAGACUUGAUCCUGGCAGGUUGGACUGCUGGUAGCUUGGAUGGCAACAGCAAUGCUGGCUCAGUGGAUCUCUUUGCGAUGAAAGUGGAUGCCCAAGGGUCCUGGGAGUGGACCUUUCAGACUGGAACUGCAAGGGAGGAGUGGGCCGGAAGUCUUCAGAUCAUACCUUCAGGCCGCAUUCUUUUAGCAGGUUCCAUCAAGAAUGGGUUGGGUGGCAGCGAAGACAUCUUGGCAGUGGAGCUUGACAGCGCAGGGUCACUUCAAUGGAAAUUCGUCGCGGGGACCACGGCUGGAGAUAUUGCACAGGCUGUGCAAUUGGAUGCGUCGAACAACGUCAUCUUGGCGGGUACCACAGGCGGUGGAUUCAACGGCAACGCCGCUGGCAGCGACGAUAUUUUCGUGAUGAAGGUGCUGCGAGUUCCGGAUCCUGCGCCAGCUACCAGUGGUCAGGUGUCCUGGACCUUUCAGACUGGAACUUCUGUUGACGAUGUCCUUCUUGGUGCGGUCCUGGACUCCUGUGGGAAAGUGAUUCUGGCAGGAGAUACCAAGGGAAGUUUGGGUGGCUCCAAUGCCGGCAAUAGCAAUUGGGACGUCUUUGCUUUGAAGCUGAGUGAAGAUGGGAGUCAGCUGUGGGCUUAUCAAACAGGAAGCGACCAGCAUGACCAGGUGUUGGGGCUGGCUGUCGAUAGCUUCAACAGCAUUGUCCUCACGGGCCAUACUUCCGGGAGCCUGAACUCGCAGAGCUACAGCGGCCAGACGGACAUCUUCGUGAUGAAAAUUGACCGUUUCAAAACUUUGCAGUGGACCUACCAGACUGGGCAGAGUAGCUUGCAGGAAGGCACUGGAGUUCAGGUGGAUCUCUGGGGUAACAUUUUUGUGGCUGGCUGGACGGAAGGUGAUUUACACGGCCAGGUGAGUGCUGGGGAUGUGGACGCCUUUGUGAUGAAACUCAGCUCCGACGGGGUCAACCAAUGGACGGUACUUUCCGGAGGAAGUGCUGGUGACUACGCUGUCAACUUGGCAAUGGAUGCUUCAGGGAACAUCGUGGUGGUGGGCUACAGCUAUGGCUCCUUUCAAAGCAAUUCUCAUGCUGGCGGCUCAGACUUGUUUGUUUGGAAGCUGAAUCACGCAGGGAGUGAUCAGUGGUCUUUCCAAGCAGGAACCAGCGGAGAUGAGUGGUUUGCGGGCGUGGACAUUGACAGUGCUGGCAACAUCGUUGUGACGGGUAACACGGAUGGAGUGAUGGGUGGCAGUAGUGCAGGAAGUCAAGACGUGGUAGUCCUGAUGCUUGACAGUUCGGGCAUUCAGCAAUGGAUCUUACAGACAGGCACCAGCACAAGUGACACAGGCAUGGCAGCUGUUUGGGAUCCCUCUGGUAGCAUCUUUGUGAUGGCCACUGCACUUGACAGUUUGGCUGGUGGUGUUGCGAUUGGCGACAAGGAUGUGGUUUUGCUGAAGCUUGGUGCUACUGGCAACCCAGAGUCGGUGAGCCAACUCGGCACUAGCGCCAAGGAGGAGUGCUUGCAGCAACUUUCUCUCGGAGCAGCUGGCAACAUUCUGGUUGCAGGGUCGACGACUGGGGCCAUAACUGGCUCCAAUGCAGGAGGGGAGGAUAUCUUUGCCAUGAUGGUACUCGCGCCCACAACUACCACAAGCUCGACAUUCACAGUGUCCACAACAAGCGAGUCGAGAACAUCCACCAUGUCAAGCACUGCCACUUCCAUCACGUCCACAAUAUCCAGCGUAUCCAGCACAACCACCACGUCGACAACAAGCACAUCCAGCACUUCCUUGACAACCACAACCAGCACGACCAGCACAUCUACUUCUACUUCGAGCAGUAGUACAAGCACAUCCAGCACUUCCCGCACGACCAGCACAUCUACUUCUACUUCGAGCAGUAGUACAAGCACAUCCAGCACUUCCUUCACAACCACAACCAGCACGACCAGCACAUCUACUUCUACUUCGAGCAGUAGUACAAGCACAUCCAGCACUUCCCGCACGACCAGCACAUCUACUUCUACUUCGAGCAGUAGUACAAGCACAUCCAGCACUUCCUUCACAACCACAACCACAACCACCAUCACCAACACAUCUACUUCUACUUCGAGCAGUAGUACAGGCACAUCCAGCACUUCCUUCACAACUACGUCCCGCACGAUCAGAACAUCUACUUCUACUUCGAGCUCGGCUACUUACACUAGUCUUACGAGCGCAACCAGCACAUUGAGCACCGCUACCACCAGUGGUACGAGCGGGUUUGGCACAACCAGCACGGCUACUUUGAGUGGUGUUUCAACAUCAAUGUCAGAGGCAGGAUCCAUUGCCGACACAUUGAGGCAGCUGGAGCAAAGCACAGAGGCCCUGCUUCGCCAAUUGUCUGACGCAAACGGCACAGACCCAAACAUCCUCCGUGUUGAGACAUCCAUUGGCAAAAUGUCAGUAAUGAGGUGGGCCAGGGCGGCCGGGGCGGAGCUGAACAGUUCCGUUGAUGGCGAGUAUGCACAGUUGGUUGAUGAGACAUCCGGCGCAGUGCUUCCUCUUGAGGUUUUGCAGAACGAUGAGGUGUUGGUGGCGACCUCCUUUUCUGAGAACCAGAACGCCAUCAUUUUCCAAGAUACAAGUCGCACCUUGUUGAAGCCAGUGACCGGAGUGGUGGAUGUCUCCAUUUAUGAUUUGGACAACUUGACAGCGAAAAAAGUAGUCUCCACCAGGCCCAUCUAUGUGAAGCUGGGCCCACUGACUGAACCUUUUGACGCCACCAGAUGGACAUGCGCAUACUUAGAUGGUGACACCUGGUCCACUGACGGAGUGCGCCUGGUGACUGCGGAGGAAUUGGAGGCAUUCAACCUGUCAGCUUCAGGGGCAUGGUGUGUCUCUUAUCACCUUUCCAUCUUUGCUGGCUUCCUGGAUUUGCUUUUGGACUGCACAAACAUCAAUGUCUUAUCGGAGGAAAACUUGCAAGAGAUUCUGAAGCCUCGCUGGUGGUCAAGGCCCCCGGCCUUAUUUCUUUGGCCUUCGAUCGCUCUGCUGCUGGCUCUGAUCAUUUUGGGCAUCUUCCUUGACGCGUCGGUGCGCCGUUCCGGGCUCUGGAAGGACGAGUACUUCCUGACCGAGGUGCCACCGGCUGGGGUGCGCGGCUGUGGCAGCUGCACCGCCUGCACCGCCUGCACCGCCUGCACCGCUGGGCGCAGCGCUGCGGAGGCUCCGAAGAAACCGAGCGCUUCGACCGUUCCAGCCCUACAUCACGAGUCCAGUGUGGCGAGCCUGGCGCAGCACCGGAUAGACUUGGCGCGGAUCCAGAAGAAGCUGCACAGGGUGAUGAACCCAGCGAUUUCCAGCAGAAUUCAGGAUGACAGUAUCUGGCGAAAUACCUUGAGAUAUGUGGCGCUGCAGCACAAGCUACACAUAGAAUCUCUUGAAAUGCAUGUUUGGGGAAGGAAUGGUUGGGUGCAGGGCAGUCUGGCUGUGGAGAAGUCGCCAGUGCUUAAGUCUUUGGUCAUGAGACUGGAAGGAGACCUACCAGAGGCCUUUGUUUUGAUGCACAGCUCGCGGCUUCACCGAGUGUGCUCCACCUUUUUAGCAGCUCACCCUGCUUACACCUUGCUUCACUGUGAUUUACAUGUCACUGCCGCCAAACGAGGCAAAAUCUUCAUGGACUGCAUCCUAGGCUCUUUGGCGUUCGUUGCGAUCUUCUUCUCGGUGGAUGGAUCUGCAGUGGCUGCCCGGAGCCCAGCAGACUGCCCAGUCCAACAAGCCACCUUUCUAUGGUACACAUUUGUCACACUCUUCUCCAUUCUGUUGAAUUUCAUCCCACGCAGUUUGUUGUUCCACUUAGCCUGGAGAGACUUUGAACAACGCGACAGAGCUCAUCGCCGGAGGCAGCUGCGCAAGCGACUCUGGUGGGAUAUUCAGUUUUGGGUUGUGGCUAUUGGCCUUUCCUGCCUCCAUGUGCUGGUGAUAACAGCCUUUCUAGCAAAUCUGGGUGAAGCUGAUGAGUGGAAAUGGAUGCUAUCAUUCACCGUGGUAUUGCUUCGAAAGUUGAUCAUUGUGCCGCUGGUUUCCUGCAUUUUUUCAGGCCUGGUGUCGGAAGUCACUGCUUUCGCCCAACCAGCACUGCUCUCAGAUCCUCCCAGGAAGUUCGGCCUCGAUUUGAGUCUGCGCAGUUCGAAUCUCGGAAGACUCGGAAGACUCGGAACCACUGAGUGCCUGCGCAGCCAGUGUCCGGAGCCUUCAGAGCCGGGUGUAUCAGAUACAUCCACGACCUGGGAGAACAAGGUCAAGGAGUUGGCACAGCGUGGCAUCACCGUGAGGCAAUUGUUAGAUUUCUAUGCCGACCUGGAGCAACAGAUGUCACAUUUUGAUCCAGACCAGUCGACUACUCAUGAUGUUGUGCGCCAAGUCGUGAUCCCUGGCUCCUUGCAGAUGAGAGGCUCCAGGCACUAUCAAAUCGUUGUCCAAUGUGACCUUGAGCCGUUGACAGCGAUCUGCUCAGUUCGUGCCGUGAAUGGUUCCUACACCAAGCCAUGGAAGGGUGGCGAUUCAGUUCGGCCAAAGGAGCCAUCCUGGGAAGCAGUUUUCGUCCUUCAUGAUAUCAACCAAGAAGCGAUCCGCAUUAGUCUAGAGCUGGAACAGACAGUCUCCGAAGAAGUCUUGCCGAAUUCCAGCUUCCAGAGUGGUUUUGAAGGAGACAUGCAACUUGGUGCGACGUCUCUUCACGUCCGCAUUGUCCGCAUUCAUGCCCGCGAAGACCUCCAAGACGCGGAGGCCGCCUCAUCGCAUGGCUCGCAGAGUGUGGCAGCAGGAGCAUUCCACAAAGCCAUGAAUGAAAGCUCCUCUGUCCAGAUUCUUCCGAAGAAGCCCUUUGAGAUUGCAUCUCGAGCGUAUUUCGAGCUACCCGAUGUGCCUGGUGGAGAGCCUGCCAGAGGCUAUGCCGGCUGUGGUUUUGCCUAUGCAACUGCUGUGAACCGUGGCGUCCCGAUGUUGGCGUACAAAAUGGUGACGCACAAUUGGCGCAACAAGUUUACUCACUUGAUUGGAGCCAUCUUUGCAGAUGCUCUACAAGAAGAGACAUAUGAUGGUGUGGUGACUCUCCCGAAGAACAAGGACUUUGACAGAUUACACCAACAGCUGGAUGAGAGGAAUCAACUGAGUGUCCCUUACUGGGUCUGUGCCUUUUCUGUCAACCAACAUGCAGGAAUUUGUGCCAGAGCACCCACGGCAGAUUCGACAGGUCAUCCCAUCACCACCUGUUCUUGCAAAACCCAGAAGCACUUUGAAGGCGAUUUCAGUGAAAUGAACAAGUUCGAUGACAUGAUGAACUAUUUGAAGCGGCGACUGCGUGAAGUCUAUUCCGAGGUGAGAUUGGAGCAGGUUGUUGCGAUGGAUGUGAACUUUACGCUGCUGACGCGCGUUUGGUGCGUUGCAGAAUUGGUUGAAGCUGAUCAUUUGCACAUCUCCCAGGUGGUGAAGAUUCACUCGGGAGCCUCCAGAGACGUUUGCCUUGGACGCUUGGCGUCCUCCGAUGUGCGACAGGCAGAAGCGUCCUUUCCGGCAGACAAGGAGUUGGUUUUGGGCAAGAUCGAGGAUGUGGAGGCAUUCAACAAGCGCCUGCAAGACUUGAUGCUGCACCGUUUGGAUUCGUUCCUAGGGAAACAUUCUGCCACCGCUUCGACGCUCUGUGAUGAAAUUCUUGGAGCAGCUAUGACAGUAGCAAUGUGA